AUGGAGCCAUGUGUUCCACGGAUUGAAACGGCGAUGUUGCAGCUCCCGGUGCCUGGUAUCUGGACCGGGAAACAGUACACACCCCAAGUCGUGGCGGACAGGUUGUGGACGAGCAUGAAGCUAUGCGACAAGCAUGCAAGUGUCUUCGCAGGCGAUCUGCUACAACCCUAUUAUGCUCUAGCAUUUGACGCAGAUGCCAGCGCCAUUGGCCUGGAUGAGAGCAUGUUCGUGUACACUGCCAAGAAUUUCCCGUGGCUGUUUGUAGCGGUUGACGACGGUCACAGAGUCUUUGCUCUAGCAAAGUCUCUGGUCACUGCAGAUCACCAUUUAUCGCUCGGGGACUGGACAAUUGAAGUGCCUGGCAUCCAGCUGACGAUCAGCUGCAGGAAGCUGGAAGAUCGCCGAUGGUGGAGGGAGAACGUUCAAGCUGAUAUGUCGAAGCUGGCAGGGGUGCUCUCGCUCUUGUCCCAGCUCGAGCAGAAUGGCACUAUAAUUCCUAUAGAAUUUAGGUCUUGA